UAGGUUUUUACAGGAACUUCUGUGGUAAAAGCAAAAAAAUUCCAUCAAAACUAGACGAUACAAAGCCGUGUGCAUGUCCUGUGGUUGCUCAUUACUAACCCUGAUCAAGAGCAGUGCACUGCUCUCUGCGUUUCGUUCUAAAUGGAAACUGCCGAGUUCUAUUACGUUUACUAUUUAGCUCAAGAUUAUCUGCAAUAUGUGCUUCAGGAAUCGCAACUUGGACCAGCCCAAACCAGGGUUGCUCAUGUCUUGCGAAACAUUGCAUCUUCGCUGCAAGAUCAGACUGAGGAGGCUCUCGGACCACUGCUGGACAGGAUUGAUAUUACCUCUGUAGCCGUUGCCAAGAGAAUUUUCAAUGGUGUCAUGGAAGAAAAAUUUGCUGAUGGAAAUACUAACUGGGGACGAAUUAUGACCAUAUUUACAUUUGGAGGUCUUCUCACUAAGAAGCUUCAAGAGCAUGGAGUUCAACUGACUGGAGAGGAGAAGGAGCAGAUUUCUUAUUUCAUCACAGAGUACAUAAUAAACAACAAAGCCGAAUGGAUAGAUGCGAAUGGUGGCUGGGAAAAUGGCUUCCUGAUGAAGUUUGAAAGAAGAUCACUACUAUCUUUUUCCAAAAUUACAGCCAUUUUCUCAGCUGUUUUUUCCUUAUUCAGAGAGUACUACUGAAACAAAUGGACCUGCCAUUCAUGUAUAAUCUAGAUAUUGCCGCAAGCUUCGUUGCUAAGCUUUCCUUCAAGCAAUAUCACCGAGAAAAUAAUUUUCUUCCUUCCAUAAUUUGUUUUUAAUUUAUUUGUAUUUAUUUUGUCUAAAUACAACAUUUAAUGUGCUAUCCUAACUGCCAAACCUGAAGAUGACAUCCCUCCAAAGAGGAAUCAACAUAGCAUCAUGCAGCAAUUCAAGUCAACCUUUCCAGGUAGGACUGCUUCGAGAGAAAGAGAUCAUUCUCCGCAUCCAGAUAGCUCUUGUAAUCUCUGUUGCACCUCCAUGAAAGGACAUUGUUUUACUGAAAUACAAUCCAAUGGGUUAAGAAACAAUUUUAAAAUCAUUUGUUUUGUAAAUGAAAUACUACUGUAAUGCAUUUUAUUGCAACCGUUGCAUAAGCAAAAAGAGGGGAGGGAAGUCUGUGAAGAAAAAUGAAAUGCAGACUCCAGAGUAAAAGUGGGUAGAAGUUACUGACACAGAGUAAACAGUUUUCAUGGGAAGAACAAUUUGUGGAAGGUAGCAACUUAAAAAUGUGCACUCACUUACUGUUAAUGCAAUGGUAUGUGUUUCUUAGUUGUCUUUUUUUAAUUGCUCAUAUCUACACUGACUGUUCUU